UCCGUCAGAGGGCGCAUACAUCCCCUAUACUCUCACUCUCACUUACCAAAAUAUCCCCUGAAAACUCACAUUCUUGGAGGGACUAUGGAGCCUCUUUAACGAAAAGUGUGGGCACGCUAUUCAAGUUUACUUAAGAUAAUUAGCACGUGCCAGCUUGUCCCAAAGCGCGAGAAGCCUUGGACGCUUUCUCUCGUGGGUCUCUCAGGUCUCUGGAGGAGUUGGGACCAGCAGCUAAACAUCUCCGGGACGGGAAACGAGGAGAGAGAGACAUAGAGAGAGAGAGGGAGAGGGAGAGAGAGGACAUGAGCGGAAGGGAGGCAGCAGAAAUCACAGACAAGCCGAGCUGUACAUGCACACACGCGCGCGACGCUAUUUUGGGCGUCAUGCAGAAGAAAGGCGCCAAACAAAGUAACUAACCGGAUCAAUGUAAACACUGACUGCUACUUUGUUUCUUUUUUUCCUCCCUGGACAUGUUUCCGCUGCAGGAGAGCGUUGUUUAGACUCUGAAAGAAGGUCCGUGGAAGCUGCUCCUGCUGUGUAUUCCUCUCUUUUUUUGUUUGCUGUGGAAAUUACAAGAAGUUCUGGACGUUUAACUUCACGAGGAAAAUGCAAAAUGCGGUGGGUAACUCUUCGACAAUUUGUUUUUUUUGCCCCACAUUGUCCUGUUUGCUGCUUCACUGAAAUGUGAGCCACUAUAGUGAAGUCGCUACAUGACAAACCGCUGCACCCAGCCAGCUGUUUUUACUAGCCUGUACUACUGUAACACCCCUUUUCAUUUGGAUUUGGAUAUGCGAAGCAAACUUUUUAAGAAUGAAGAGGAGAAAAUGCCCAUAGCACGCCUCUGUUGUCUGCUCACACCGCCGCCGAGAAGGUCCGCUCAACUGGGAUUUCUAUUUGAGUCUUCUUCAUUUCCAUGUUGUGGAGACAGGAGGAGAGCUGACAUGCGUCUGGUAUCAUGGGGAUAUAGUGCGGUGGUGACGUACGAAAUUGCCUGAUUAUCUUGCUGAUAAGUGAAUGAUUAAGACAUCAGGUAUAAGCAGGUAUAUAAGGGAGUCGACCGUGCUUGUGUGCGCCAGUGAAGCUGUUCGACGAGUCGGUUACUUUGUGAGGAGGAGAGAGUCGAUAUGGAGGAGUGGAGACAAUGCGGCCGGUGGUUGAUAGACUGCAAGGUCCUGCCCCUGAACCACCGGGUCGUGUGGCCCUCGGCGGUCGUCUUCGACUUGGCACAGGCCCUGCGAGACGGGGUGCUGCUGUGCCAGAUGUUGCACAACCUCUCGCCGGGAUCAGUGGACCUGAAGGAGAUCAACUUCAGACCCCAGAUGUCACAGUUCCUGUGUUUGAAGAACAUCCGGACAUUUCUCAAGGUGUGCCACGACAAGUUUGGCCUGCGCAACAGUGAGCUGUUUGACCCUUUUGACCUCUUCGACGUCAGGGACUUCGGCAAGGUAAUCUCCGCUCUGUCGAGGAUCUCCCACCACAGCAUCGCACAAAUCAAAGGCAUCAGGCCCUUUCCGUCGGAGGACACAGCUCUGAAUGAGGAUGAUGUGUACCGGAGCCUUGAAGAGCUGGCAGAUGAGCAUGACUUGGGUGAGGAUGACAUCUACGACUGCGUGCCGUGCGAGGAUGAUGGGGAUGACAUCUAUGAGGACAUCAUUAAGGUGGAAGUACGACAACCCAUGAUCAGAUACAUGCAGAAGAUGGGUAUGACAGAAGAUGACAAGAGAAAUUGCUGCUUAGUGGAGAUCCAAGAGACUGAAGCAAAGUACUACAAGACCUUGGAGGACAUUGAGAAGAAUUACAUGAUCCCAUUGACGCCAGUCUUGAGUCCACAGGACAUGGAGGCUAUCUUUGUCAAUCUCGAAGAUGUAAUCAAAGUCCACUUUGCCCUCCUGCGAGCCAUCGACCUGAGCAUGGUCAGUGGAGGAAGCGGCCUGGGGAAGAUCUUCAUCGACUUCAAGGAAAGGUUGUUGAUCUAUGGUCAGUACUGCAGCCACAUGGAGAACGCCCAGAAGACACUGGGUGAGAUAAUAGCAACACGAGAGGAUGUCAAGAUUAAAGUAGAGGAAUGUACUCUGAAAGUGCAGGAAGGGAAGUUCAAGCUGCAGGAACUUCUGGUGGUUCCCAUGCAGAGGGUGCUGAAGUAUCACCUACUACUGAAGGUACUUUUGAGUCACUCAGCAGACCGACCAGAGAGACAACAACUCAAGGAGGCUUUGGAGGCUAUGCAGGACCUGGCCAUGUACAUCAACGAAGUCAAGAGGGACAAUGAGACGCUGAAGAAAAUCAGCGAAUUCCAAAGUUCGAUAGAAAAUCUUCAGCAGGUGAAACUGGAGGAGUACGGGAGGCCAAAGAUAGACGGAGAGCUGAAGGUGUGCUCCAUCGUCAACCGAACGAAACAGGACCGGUAUAUAUUCCUGUUUGAUAAAGUGGUCAUUGUCUGCAAGAGGAAAGGCUAUAGCUAUGAGCUCAAAGAGAUUAUUGAACUGCAGUCAUAUAAAAUGUCGGACGACCCCAUGAACAACAGAGACGUGAAAAAGUCGAGUGGAAAAAUGUGGUCGUACGGUUUCUACCUGAUCCACCUGCAAGGGAAGCAGGGCUUCCAGUUCUUUUGUAAAACCGAGGAGACAAAGAGGAAGUGGAUGGAGCAGUUUGAAAUGGCCAUGUCCAACAUCAAGCCAGAGAGAGCCACAGCCAACCAGCAUAACUUCCAAAUGCACACAUUCGAUAAGAACACCAACUGUCGAGCCUGCAAGAUGCUGUUGAGGGGCAUCUUCUAUCAGGGCUACUACUGCUCUCGCUGUGGAACUGGAGCACAUAAAGAGUGUCUGGAAGUCAUCACCAUCUGUAAAAUCAAUCCUCAAGACUUGGAACCUGGAAUGUCAUCAGGUCCCAAGAUGGUGGCAGUGAGGAACUACCACGGCACACCAGCACCUACAGGGAAGACACCGCUCUGUUUUCAGACAGGAGAGUUUAUCGAGCUGCUGAAGGGAGAUCCUGACACCACAUGGUGGGAGGGAAAGCUGAUACAAACACAGAAGAGCGGCUUCUUCCCCAGUUCAUGUGUAAAACCUUGUUUGGACCCAAAGCCCUUCCAGUCAUUAUCCAGCCGGCAGUCCUCAAGAGAAUCAGACUACUAUGGAUAUCCUUGGUUUGCGGGGAACAUGGAGCGCCAGCAGGCCGAUAACCUUUUAAAAUCCCACAGCAGCGGGACUUACCUUAUCAGAGAGAGGACAGCUGAGGCGGAGAGGUUCGCCAUCAGCAUCAAAUUCAAUGAUGAAGUAAAACACAUCAAAGUCAUUGAAAAAGACAGCUGGAUUCACAUCACUGAGGCCAAAAAGUUUGAGAGUCUUUUGGAGCUGGUGGAGUACUAUCAGGCCCAUUCACUGAAAGAAAGCUUCAAGUUGUUAGAUACCACAUUGCGAUUUCCCUACAAGUCAAAAGAACGCUCGCUAACACGGGCCAGUACACGCUCACCAGCAGCCACCUGCGCCUCCUACAACUUCUCCUUCCUCAGUCCGCAGGGCCUCAACUUCUCUUCUCAGAGCUCAGCUCCCUUUUGGUCAGUGUUCACUCCUCGGGUGGUCAGCUCAGCAGUGGCCAGGUAUAACUUUGCAGCAAGAGACAUGAGAGAGCUGUCACUGCGAGAAGGAGACAUCGUCAAAAUCUACAGCAAGAUCGGUGGAGACCAGGGCUGGUGGAAAGGAGAGGCCAAUGGACGAAUUGGAUGGUUUCCCUCAACGUACGUGGAUGAAGAAGGAGUGCAGUAACGCUUGGAUGUUUGCUGGCGUGGCUCCCUUUAAAAUCAGGAACCAUCUUCUAUCUACUGUUCUCAGAGAAAAUUACUCUCUCUCUCUCUCUCCAGGAAAAUAACACGAGGAAAAAAGGAAGCUUUUUUUUGUUGUUUUUUGCUGGAUACUCAUUUUUCAGCGAGUGUUUCUCUAUCUUCAAUUAUGCAUCAGCUUUGCUUUUGUUUGUACAUUUUUUUUUUUUUGCAGGAUGUCCUGUUUAAUUUCUGUACAGGUAAGAAGAAAAAAAACUGUCUUGUUGUCCGUCAGCCUCUGUGCGCUCUGCAGAGGCUUUAUUGAACUGAGGACACAGCAGAAAACGGACUGUGGAUAGCUUUACUUUGAAAAAGGCUCCCCUUUGUUGCAGGUCUAUGCGAGGUGAAAUAAUUGUACAGUAUAGAUAAUUUAUUGAAUAGAGAUUAUUAUCAUUACUAAUGAUUAUUGUGGGGAAGUUGUUUUGAACAGCAGCAAGGAAUCGGACGAGAAAAAAAAAAAAAAAAAAAAAAGACAGAUGCUCUGUUUUCAUGUUGAAAGAUUUUGCCUUAGUUGUCAUGGUGAUGCCUUGUGGG